UUGAUUGACUUGAUUAUUUGUCAGGGGGGAAAAGCCUUUAAAACGUGACUGAAUGUUGUGUCUUCUGUGAUUCAUUAGCCUCACAAUUUUGCAAGCAAAUGGAAAAAAGCCUUUUUUCCCCUCCUGUGACUCCAUCAUUUUACUCUUUCCUUAUCCUGGUCAGCAGCUAUUGUCAUGAAGUGCUGUGUCCACAACAUCCUGUCUCUAGUUAACCAUUAGGUGGUAUAGUAUACAUAUGCACAUGUUCCACAGCUGCCACCCCGUCACAGUAGAUGUGGAAACAAACAUCUUUGUGGACGCAAACUUUGGUAAAAAACAUAUCCAGACAUAUACUUUGUGAGUUUUUGGAUUCAGUCUGAUGGACUCUACAAACAGGAGUGGGAAAUACAGAGUGGAGAGAGAAGUACUGGAUGAGCUGAGACUGGAAGAAGUGACGCAGAGAAAAGCCCAUUCUGAGAUCAAGUAUUCUCUCACAGAACGGUUGAAAGAAUCUUUACGAUGUAGAGUUCCUAGGCUGAAAAGAAGUCUGAUGAGCAGUCUUCCUAUUUUGUACUGGCUGCCUAAAUACUCCGUCUGGGACUACGGUAUGCCAGACCUCGUUUCUGGCAUCAGUGUGGGCAUCAUGCACCUGCCUCAAGGUAUGGCAUAUGCGCUGUUGGCUUCUUUACCUCCAGUGUUUGGACUCUACUCAUCCCUCUAUCCAACAUUAAUCUACUUCUUUUUUGGAACCUCCCGUCACAUCUCCAUAGGGACAUUCACCGUGCUCAGCAUCAUGGUGGGCAGCGUGACCGAAAGACUUGCUCCAGAUGUGGAUUUUUUCAGAAGGAACGGAACAAACGUGACGGCAGAGUUGGACAUCUCUGCCCGGGACGCAUACAGGGUGCAGGUGGCAGCUGCUACCACGCUGUUAGGAGGACUCAUCCAGGUGCUGCUGGGUCUGGUAAAGUUUGGAUUUGUAGGGACAUACCUGUCUGAGCCUUUGGUCCGAGCCUACACAACAGCUGCAGCAGGACACGCCGUCGUGGCCCAACUCAAGUACAUCUUUGGAAUUUCACCGACAAGAUUCAGUGGACCUCUGUCACUGGUGUAUACUCUGAUAGAUGUUUGCCGCCUGCUGCCACAGACUCAUCUUCCCACUGUUGUGGUCAGUGCUGUGUCCAUGGUGUUUCUUAUUGCAGCCAAGGAGCUCAACUCCUUCCUCAGUCCCAAACUGCCCGUGCCCAUUCCAGUGGAACUCAUAACAAUCGUGGCAGGAACGCUGAUAUCAAACUAUGCCAACUUGAACAACAACUACACUGUCCCAGUUGUAGGAGAAAUUCCUAGUGGGUUGAGUGCCCCCAGUGUUCCAGAUGUGAGUGUUUUUGGAGAGGUUCUGGGUGAUGCUUUUGCACUGGCCAUAGUUGGUUAUGCAAUUUCUAUUUCUCUUGGAAAAACAUUUGCCCUAAAACAUGGAUACAAAGUGGAUAGUAACCAGGAACUGGUCGCACUGGGUCUCAGUAAUUCUGCCGGAGGCUUUUUUCAGUGCUUCUCUGUUUGUGCAUCAAUGUCUCGAAGUCUGAUCCAGGAGACGACAGGGGGGAAAACACAGAUGGCUGGACUGGCUUCAGCUGUAAUUGUGCUGGUCACCAUACUGAAACUUGGACCGUUGUUCCAGGAGCUACCGAAGGCUGUGCUGGCAGUCAUCGUGUUUGUAAAUCUGAAGGGAAUGUUCAAGCAGCACGCUGACAUUGCUGUGCUGUGGAAACGCAACAAGAUUGAUUUGGUUGUGUGGUUGGUCACAUGGGUGUCAACACUGCUCCUCAAUCUGGACCUGGGUCUUGUAGCCUCCGUUCUCUUUGCUCUGCUUACAGUUAUAUUCAGAACUCAGAUGCCCACAUACUCAGUUCUUGGAAAUGUUCCGGGUACUGAGCUGUACUUGGAUAUUGAGACACACAGAGAGGCCAAAGAGAUUCCAGGCAUUACUAUUUUUCGCUCCAGUGCAACAGUAUAUUUUGCCAAUGCUGAGCUUUACCUCGAAGCACUGAAGGAAAAGAGUGGACUGGACAUCAGUAAAAUGAUCAUCUAUAAGAGGCGGCAGGAGGCCAAACAGAAACGCCGGGAAAGGAGGGCAAAGAGACGGGCCAAGAGGCAGGCCAGGAGAGAGAGACGAGCACAGAGCGCAGCUGGACAACUGUCCGGUGUACCUGUGCUCUCCGUGGAGCAAGAUGCAGACUGGGACGACACCGGCCUGAGUGAGGAUGACGCAGACAAGACGGAGGUCUGGACCGAGAGAGAGAACGGCACGGUGUUUGUCAUCCCCACGUCCCCUCAGCUCUUGGACAGCCCCUGUAGAUGGGAGUACCUGAAAGGAGGAGAACCGGAUUCCACCAGUUUGAGCUGGCUGUCUGACCUGCAGGAGGGCGACACCACCACGUUGGCCUCCAGCAGUGAGGACACUCUGAGCCGUGACCUGGAGCGGGUCUCUCUCGGAUCUCUGGGCAAGUGGACGUGGGACAUUCACUCCAUCAUUCUUGACAUGUCCACUGCAAAUUUCAUUGACACGGUGGCGACUAAGACAAUCAAAAAUAUUUUCCAGGACUUCAGUGAAAUCGACGUAGAUAUCUACGUGGCUGGUUGUCAAGCCUCUGUGGUGGAGCAGUUAGAACGCGGCGACUUCUUCUCUGAGACCAUAACCAAAAAACAUCUCUUCGCUUCUGUUCACGAUGCUGUGCUGUACUGCCUGAACCACCGAGGGGCGACGUCAGUCUCCAGAUAUGAGACGUCAGUGGACCUGCACAGCAGCACUAAACUCUGAGGACUUUACCGAUCGACAACG